CUCACCUCACAAAAACCAUUGCCGCUGACUUUCUUUCUGACAAUGGCUGCAGUCGCCGAGAGUUCUUCAGUUCCGUCGAAGGAAGACAAGCCUGUCAUUGUUAGAGUUAAGAGAAAAGCUUUCCAAUCUCGCGUCGACGCUUUCUGGCUCGAAAUCAACGAGAGGCCAUUGAAACGGCCGUUGCUUGACUUUGAGAAGCUUUCAAUUUCUGAUUCUUCAAGUAGAGUGGAGGAAUUGAAGAGCAGAAAGGUUCUUGUGCGACAUGUGGAGACAGUAACUAGCUCAAAGGUUACCGUUGAUAUCCUGAAGUCGUUUGCGCAGUCGGCUCCAGUAGAUUCUUCGGAAGUCAAAGAGAAAGCUGAGAUAAGGCGAAGUUUUAGGGCAGAAAAUAAACAAGAUCAACUACUUGCCAAGGCUAAGCAAAAGCAAGAGGAUUUGUCAAAAAAUGCCCGGUUUGAGCAAAUAUGGAAAAGCAGAAAAGAAAAGGAAAAACUGAUGCACGACGAAGAGCUGAAUGAGAUGUGUCGACUAUAUGAUGUUAUUCGUGUUGAUACCGAAGAAAAAAAGCAUGAAGUGCAAGAGGAGACUACCGAUUUAGAAGAUCACAGGAUGAUGUCCCAAUAUUUGCCUCUCUUACGAGAAGUCAUGCCUAGUGCUGCUGAAGAAAUUGAGUCAGAGAUUCAUAAUUACAAGGCCAAACAAGGGUCUUCAGAUGGUUAUGUAUAUGAUUAUUAUGCUGUUAAGGAUGAUACCAACACCGACGAAGAUAUUGCUAGCCCUUUUCCAUUGGUACAGGUUGAUGAUGAUGAUGACUACUAUGAUGGUCCUGAUUAUUCAGACGACGAUUCUGAUGAUUCCAAUGCUGAACACAAUCCCUGGAAUGAUUAUCCAGAUGAAGAGGAAUCUGAAGAUGAGGAUGAAGAUGAAACACAGUCAUCAGGUGACAAAUCAGAAGUUUUAAGCAGCACUUCUCAAGACCAAUAUGGAUCCGAAACUGUUGGUGUAAUUUCUUUUCAAAAUGAGGACGUGGGCCGAGAGGACUGGUCAGAUUAUGCAGAUCCAUUAGUUGAUGGUGAGUCCGAUGGUGAAGAUUACAAUGAUGAUGAUGAAGACAUUUGGUGACCAUCACUAGAUACCCUGUUUAACUUUCUCAUCAAGUACCUAAUUCGUGCAUACCUGUAUAUGUCUCUCCAGAUCAUAGUUAACCUUGUGAAUGGCAUGUGGUUCUUUUAACCGGCUAUUACUGCUGUCUAGGCUGCAGUCUGAUCAAAUCUGGUGAGAUUUGGCCUGGAAAUUUUUCCCAUAGCGUUCUAAAACAAAUCUCGCCAGUAUUAUCAAUCUCAAUCAGGUUUCCAAUCUUAAGUACCCUUCUAACUGUAGUUAUCUAGUGUAAAAAAUUUAUGACUGCAUUAUUGUUGUUUGGUUUCAAA